UUGUAAGAGACAAACUUCCAGCAAAGUGUAAGGGUGAGGACAGGUCCUCCAGAGACAAGGUGACUCUGCUCCAGGACACAGAGGAAAUACCCGGGAGAGGAUCAUUCAUUCACCGAGGACAUCCAGCAGGCACCAUGCCCCAUAACGGCAUCAGAUCCGAGCUCAUCACAGAGAGAGGCUGCACAGGACCCCUCAGCUCACUGCAUAUAGGACAUGGUGGACUCAAUCAACUAGGUGGGGCUUUUGUGAAUGGGCGCCCCCUUCCAGAGGUGGUGAGGCAGCGCAUCGUAGAUCUAGCGCACCAAGGUGUGCGUCCAUGUGACAUCUCACGGCAGCUGAGAGUCAGUCAUGGAUGCGUGAGCAAGAUCCUGGGCAGGUACUAUGAAACAGGCAGUAUCAGACCAGGAGUCAUCGGUGGUUCCAAGCCUAAAGUUGCCACCCCCAAAGUGGUGGAGAAGAUUGGGGAUUACAAGAGACAGAACCCGACCAUGUUUGCCUGGGAGAUCAGGGAUCGGCUGUUGGCAGAAGGCGUGUGUGACAAUGACACAGUGCCCAGUGUCAGCUCCAUCAACAGAAUAAUCCGCACAAAGGUCCAGCAGUUGUUUAAUCUGCCCAUGGAUAGCUGUGUGAACUCUCUAAGUCCCGGACAUACUCUAAUUCCAAGCUCGGCAGUGACACCUCCUGAGUCGCCACACUCAGACUCCCUGGGAUCCACUUACUCUAUCAAUGGUCUCCUAGGGAUCUCUCAGUCAGCUGCAGAAGGGAAACGCAAGUUGGAUGACAGUGAUCAAGACAGCUGCCGGCUCAGCAUAGACUCUCAGGGCAGUAGUAGUAUGAGCCGGAAGCAGAUGCGGACAGAAGCGUACAUUCAGCACCCACUAGAUGGCUUGGAGUGCCCAUUCCAGAGGCAACACUUUCCUGAAUCGUAUCCCUCCGCCAGCCAUAGCAAAGCUGAACAAGCUCUAUAUCCACUACCGCUGCUAAACAAUACAAUGGAUGAUGGGAAAUCUGCUCUAACUUCGUCCAAUGCGACUCUUGGUAGAAAUAUCUCCGCACACCAGGGCUACUCUGCUCUGUCAGAACUCUCAUCAUUCACCAUUAAACAAGAGAUAUCAGAUAGCUCGAGUGUUAGCUCCACCCCGCCAUCGCUGUGUAGUCCCACUUUCCUGGACCUGCAGCCGAUCGGAUCAGCGGCUGUUGCUCCGGCUUUCAGUGCCUUUUCCCAUACCGCCUCUAUGUAUGGGCAGUUCAGCAGUCAGACAGUUACAGGGCGCGAUGUUGUAGGAUCCACACUGCCAGGGUACCCUCCACACAUACCCAGCGGGCAAGGAAACUAUGCCUCAUCUGCAAUUGCUGGAAUGGUUGCCGGAAGCGAUUACACUGGUAAUACUUAUAGCCAUGGGGCCUAUGCAGCAUAUGGAGACAGUUGGCGAUUCCCCGGAUCCAGCCUCCUAAGUUCUCCCUACUACUACAGCUCUACUGCAAGAACUGCGCCACCUCCAACAACUGCUGGGGCAUACGACCUCCUGUAGUCUCCAUCAAGGUCACUCUUGUUGCACCUUCAACACAGUCAGGCUUUAGGAGAGCAGCCUGGUGGUGAUUUAUUACAGUGUUACCAACACAGCAGAUAACAUUAUAAGCAGCCAACAGUGCGGACUACAUCUUCUUAAGCAUAACUACCACUAUGGAGCAAAGCAGGGAAGAUAUGUGAAAUAGCAUACAAUUGGCACGCCCUGCAACAGUGGCUACAAUGCUAUCACCAUCAAUCUCAAAUGGCUAUAUCUAUCCUGGUUAAAGUACCAGAUCCAAGUAUACAGGAAAUGUCGACAGUCAAGUUUGUGUUCCAUAAACAGGUGCUUCGAUGACACAGCAUUACGGCCCAUGGUCACCACUGAACGCA